CCGCGCUCCCUCCCCGCCUCCCCCUCCCUCCCGCCCUCCCUCCUCCCGCUCCGCCCGGAGCGCCUCUUCGCCCAACGCCGUUACCGGCGCCGACACAGCCGAGGCCCGAGCGCUGCCGCAGCCUGAGCCGACCCCGCGCUGCCCGCCAUGGACACCGGAGUCAUCGAAGGGGGUCUCAAUGUCACGCUCACCAUCCGGCUACUCAUGCACGGCAAGGAGGUGGGAAGCAUCAUUGGGAAGAAAGGGGAGUCCGUGAAGAAGAUGCGUGAGGAGAGCGGAGCUCGCAUCAACAUCUCGGAAGGGAACUGCCCCGAGCGGAUCAUCACCCUGGCGGGACCCACCAACGCCAUCUUCAAAGCUUUUGCGAUGAUCAUUGACAAACUGGAAGAGGACAUCAGCAGCUCCAUGACCAACAGCACAGCUGCCAGCCGGCCCCCGGUCACCCUCCGGCUCGUGGUGCCCGCCAGCCAGUGCGGGUCCCUCAUUGGCAAAGGAGGCUGCAAGAUCAAGGAGAUCCGAGAGAGCACGGGGGCACAGGUCCAGGUGGCAGGGGACAUGCUGCCCAACUCGACUGAGCGAGCCAUCACCAUCGCUGGGAUCCCACAGUCCAUCAUCGAGUGCGUCAAACAGAUCUGCGUCGUCAUGCUUGAGUCUCCCCCGAAGGGUGUCACCAUCCCGUACCGACCCAAGCCAUCCAGCUCUCCCGUCAUCUUUGCAGGCGGCCAGGACAGGUACAGCAGCGGCAGUGCGAGCUACCCCCACACCGCCCCAUCCAUGUGCCUCAACUCUGACUUGGAGGGACCACCUCAGGAGGCCUAUACCAUUCAAGGACAGUAUGCCAUUCCACAGCCAGAUCUGACCAAGCUGCACCAGUUGGCAAUGCAACAGUCACACUUUCCAAUGUCUCAUGGCAACACUGGAUUCAGUGGUUUGGAUGCCUCUGCCCAAACCACCUCCCAUGAACUCACCAUUCCAAACGAUCUGAUUGGCUGCAUCAUCGGGCGUCAGGGCGCCAAGAUCAACGAGAUCCGCCAGAUGUCCGGGGCUCAGAUCAAGAUUGCCAACCCCGUGGAAGGCUCUACUGACAGGCAGGUGACCAUAACUGGAUCUGCAGCGAGCAUCAGCCUGGCCCAGUAUCUAAUCAAUGUCAGUUUAGAAAGCGCUAAACCCUCCUCCCAGGCAGCCUCCGUCACGAUCCCUGACCACCUCAGCAUCAACCUCUCUCAACCCUCCACCCCUUCUUCUUCUUCCUCCUCCACCACCACCCCCUCGCUCGCCACCGCGGGGGCCUCCGACGCGCCCUCCAGCCUCCCCAACCCUCUUCCGACCGCCCCUUGUGUCUCCAGUCUGCUUGGCAUGAAACCUGUCCCUCUCCUGGCGCUAAAUGUCGUGUCUGCGGCCAAAGGCGCCGCGGCGCCCGCCGUGCCCUGUGUCACUAACAAACUCAAAGCCGAGAAGCAAAGGUUUUCCCCGUACUGAGCCUGCUCCAGGGGGUGGCAGCACCAGGACCCCGGAGAGGAGACUUGGAACACCAGUUUUUUUCCUCCUUUUUUUUUUCUUUUUUUUUUUUUAAUUCUUUUUGGGUUAGUUUUUUUAAAUUUUCCUUCGUACCGAGCUCGCGCUGCCGUGGCAGCAGCAGAGCUUUUCUUGCCGGCCGAGAGACUGUGUCCCCUUGUCCUGUGAGCGGUCACAACUCCUUCUCUGCCUGCUCUAGUUGUUGCUUGUUUUUUUUGGUUUUUUUUUGUUUUUUCCAUUUCUCCUCCUUUUCCCAUUUUUUUUUUGAGU